GGGGAGAAUUUCUCUGAGCUCGCAGCCGCCCCUUAAAUCGUUCUUUAACACAACACAUCAGACUACUCUAAAGAAUCUUUAAUCAUGGACGCCAUUGACAAUUCACUCGAUGAUGUUAUAAUGAAGGAUAGACAGGAUAAGAAGCAACAGAAACAACAGAAGCAAACGAGGGAUGGCAAGCGAUCACAAGGAAUCAACAAGCGAUCUGGACCCAUAAGAAAUACAUCGUCUGGCCGAGGCGGCGCUCAUCGCAAAUCGCCCACUCAAGGUCGCAGAGAUACCAAUUCCCCAUGGAAACAUGACUUGUACGAACAAGGCAACAGCAAUGGUCGUAACGUUCAGAGAAGCAAUAGCUCUACUGCAGCAAGCAUUAUUUCUCGCCUUGGCAGUGCUCCUGGUUCCAAUACCAUCAAAGUCGAAAACCUUCACUAUGAAGUAACAGAAGCCGACGUCAAUGAACUUUUCAAAUUGGUUGGUCCAUGCAGCGCCAAGCUCUUAUUUGAUCGCUCGGGUAGAUCCAAUGGAGUGGCCAACGUCAAGUUCGACAACGCCGCCCACUCGAAAGCCGCAUUUGAAAAGUAUAACAACGUUGAAUUGGAUGGUCAACCUAUGAAAAUUACCAUUGUGGAACAGCAACAACGCGCACAAGGGAUUUUGAGCCGUAUUGGUCAACGAAAAUAAAGCGAUCUGUGGUGGCUUUUGCGAAGAAGUAUUCUCGAUUAUGAACACAAGCACCAAGAGAAGCUCUAAGCAAGUGAUUAUUCUUUGUAAAAUAAAAAUAGCGUUUUCAACGAUAACUGCGCUCCAGACUUGCAUUUCCACACUGUUUCGUAUAAAACCCAAUAUCUGCCAAAAUGAUUACGCGACUUACUACGCAAAGGAUUUCUAAGAAAAAAACAAUGCGCUAU